UGUAUAUAAUUCACAUUUAUGUAUGCGCGACACACACACACUAUCUCUUCUUUUUGGGUUUAAGGCUCUGGAGCAGAGCUGCGGCUCAUAAACCGUAAGUCUUCCAUUAAUGGAGAUUUUGGAGACAAAUUCAUAGCUAAAGCUUCAACCUUCCAUAACAUGGCGGCUCUAAUUCUACGCCGCACUCUAAUCUCCUUCUUCUCCGCCACCAAUUCCUCACUUCGUCCCCAAAUCUCACUUCUCCGUCUCCCUGUAUUUCUCAACCGAGACCUCAAAACCGCCAUUAGACUACCACACAGUCACCCAAUUCCUAAUCGACGACCACCGCUUCUCCCCCGCCGCGGCGGUGGAGAUCGCCUCCCGCACCCGCCUCAGAUCCCAACUAAGCGCCGAUGCAAUCCUCCAAUUCCUCAAACGAACCGGCUUCUCCAACGCGCAAUUGGAAAGAAUCCUCAAAUCAUCGCCCCAGCUCCUCUCGGCGCACCUCGAGGCCAACAUCAAGCCCAAAUUCGAGAUCCUCCGGGACCUCGGCUUCACCCCCGCCGAGGUCGUCGAGAUUGUCUCGGGUCAAUCGAGGCUUCUCUACUACAGCACGCCGCGGAUCUCCGCCUCGAUCGCCACGCUCAAGGCCGUACUUGGAUCCGCCGCCGCCGUGGUCAAAUUCCUCAAAUCCUCGGGGUUCCUGAAAGACAUGGAGAGCACUUUUGUCCCAAAUGUGGAAUUACUGAAGAGCUGCGGCGUUCCAAUUGAGCAGAUCACGAGGGCAAUAAUCCAAAUGCCUCGAUUCUUCCUGCUCAAACCGGUAAAGAUGAGGAAAUUCAUCGAGAAAGCGGAGGAAUUAGGGUCUGAUCGCGGAUCGCGGAGCUUCAUCCGCGCCGUUAAGGUUGUGAGUUCGAUGACGAGCGAGACUUUGGGAGUGAAGAUGGAGGCGUUACGCGAGCUCGGAUUCUCAGACAGCGACAUCGCGAGGGCGUUCAGGAACUCGCCGCAGGUGCUUGCAACGUCGCCGGAGAAGAUGAGGAGAGUUGCGGAGGUGGUGGUGGGGAGCGGGAGGUAUGAUAGGAUGAGCAUUGUGGAGAGGCCGUGCGUGUUUAUGUACAGCGUUGAGAAGCGGAUAUGGCCGCGGAUAAAGGUUUUGAGAGUGUUGGAAGAGAAGAAGAAGAUGAUUGGGGGUUGGCCGAGUCUUGCAACCAUGCUGACCUUGACCGAUGCCAUGUUUUUUCAUAAAUUUGUGAGUCCUAAUUUGGAACAAGAUGAUUGCAGAGCAGUUUCUUGAUUCAAAUUAGCGUUUAUUUUUUAUGGAAAUUAUUUGGGGUAUUGGCCUAUAAAUAUUUGAAUUUUUCUCA